GAGACAAUCAAAGCAGAAAAAUCAAAUGCCACUAUAUCCAUGGAAUUUAUUCUCUUGGGUUUCUCCGAUAGACCUGAUCUCCAAUGGAUUCUCUUCGGGAUAUUUUUAUUUUUGUAUUUGACCACUCUGAUGUGCAACAGUGUUAUCAUACUACUAACCAAAGCUGAUGUUGCUCUCCACACGCCCAUGUAUUUUUUCCUUAGCAAUUUUUCAUUUUUGGAAAUCUGUUAUGUCACAGCCACUAUCCCAAGAAUGCUCAUGGACCUUUGUACUCAAAAAGGAAAUAUUUCUUUUUUGGCUUGUGCAGCACAGAUGUUCUUUGUCCUUACCCUGGGAAGCACUGAGUGUCUCCUGCUGACAGCCAUGGCCUAUGACCGCUAUGUGGCCAUCUGUCAACCUCUACUCUACACUCUGAUCAUGAACCACAAUGUCUGCCUGCAGCUGGUGGCUGUGUCCUGGAUCAGUGGGAUUCCAGUCCAAAUUGUGCAAAUAUACCAGAUUUUCUCUUUACCUUUUUGUGGGUCUAAUGAAAUAAAUGACUUCUUUUGUGAUUUCCCCCCAAUCUUCAAGCUUGCUUGUGGCAACACUUUUAACAAUGAGAUAGAAGCCUACUUUAUUGUAGUGCUCUUUGUUGUGGUUCCUUUCUUCUUGAUCAUUGUUUCCUAUGGAAAAAUUAUCUCCAGCAUUCUGAAAAUAGCUUCAGGCAGAGGGAGGGUGAAAGCCUUCUCCACCUGCUCAUCUCACUUGAUAGUUGUGGUCUUAUUCUAUGGAACAGCCAGUAUCACUUAUUUACAUCAGAAAGCAGACCCAUGCAAAGGGAUUGGAAAGCUGCUGUCUCUUUUCUACACCAUUCUUAUCCCAACCUUAAAUCCCAUCAUUUACACUCUGAGGAACAAGGAUAUCAACUCAUCCCUGAGAAAACUCCUGCUAUUAAUAUAA